UCAUUUGAUUGGUCAGACGGGAUCACGUGACGUUUGUUUUGCGUCUCCUUUCGUGUUGCGUGUAAACAUUGCACUUGCACGUUGAUGUGAUUGAAUGUAGCGAAAUAAACUGGCAACGUGUAGCGACGAUGGUGAAGUGUGUGGUCCAAGGAUGCAUAAACCACAGUGAUCUCAGACCGGGAGAGCAAACGAGCCGUCCGCCCAAGAGGUUUUUCAGUUUCCCCAAAGAGACAGUGAAAGUGUGGCUGGCCGCUUUACGGGAGACUGAGCGCGAAAUCACAGAUCAACAUCAGAUAUGCGAGGAUCAUUUCCUGAGCCAUCACAUUACGCCGAACGGCAUCAGCGCGGACGCCAUCCCUAUUAUGCCCCCAUUAGAGGGACCGGUCUCCGGCUGGAGCUCGUGUGAUGAGCUGGAAGAGCACUCGGACCCAGUGGAGGAGGGUGGGGUUGCUGCAGAAGAUGAUCUUUAUGAUAUGGAGUUUGAGGAUUUUGAGGAAGAUGAUGAUGAAGACCACAGUCUUGCAGAUGAUGGUUCACAUAACAUGAAUAGUCAAGUACAAGGACAGUAUCUCACUGGAAGUUUAACUAGCUAUCCCAACAUUAUCAAUAUGAAUCAAGCAACAGGGGCAUCCACCAGUCAAGUUCCGAAUCGCUCUGACGUUGCUCUUGGACGACUGACCAAACGCUUCAUGCAGCUACUUCACUCGGCACCGAAUGGAGUCCUUGACCUCAAUGAGGUUACUCGAAAACUGGGCACACGAAAGAGACGGGUGUAUGACAUCACUAAUGUGCUUGACGGCAUCCAGCUAAUCAAAAAGACGUCCAAAAACAAGAUCCAGUGGAUGAAUCCAUCAGCAAACAGCAGCUUGGGAAAGACCAAAGCUGACCUACUUCAUCUGAAGUCGACGGAGGAGGCCCUUGACUGGCUCAUCAAAGACUGCGCCCAACAGCUCUUCGCCCUGACCGACCUCAAAGACAAUGCUGACUCAGCUUAUGUGACAUAUGAGGACAUCUGUCAGAUUGGUGUUUUCAAGGACCAGACUAUAAUAGCCAUCAGGGCCCCUGAAGAGUCCAAGCUAGAGGUGCCCACUCCCACUGAGGAAUCUAUCCAGAUCCACUUGAAAGGCUGCCGGGGGCCCAUCCACAUACUCACCUGUGAGACCGAGGGCCCAAGUGAAGCUGUGGAUCCAGCUAACACAGAAUCGAAGCUUGUCAAACCAGCCUGCUUUCUAACACUAGAGGAAAGCCGGAUACACACACAACCAUUAAUAUCAGAUGUUUCAAAUACUAUAGCAGCUGUACAGAGCGCUUAAGGACCUAAAAGGAGAGCCUUUGCUUCUUUGAGACAAACUAGCCCAUCUAAACAGACUUUGUUGGCCUUUUUGCAGAGACCACUGUGCAUAUAUUCACUCUGCUGGGUUAAAGACGUCACAUGGAGAUUUUUGAUUUGUAAAUAUAUGGAUGAGUAUUUUGAACAGUUUAAAGUAUUUUUUCUAUAACCAUUAUGAGGAAACUUGAAGGUUGUCUUUUGAAAAGGGUCAUUAUUUUUAUUUCUUGGACCAUCUGACUAUGCUGUAAAUUAAUAAAAUCUGUGGUGUUCGAAGAUAGACCUUGGACCCUGUUUCAAUAUGGCAAGAUGUCCUUUUUUAUGGGGGAGUGCUUUGUAAAUGUAUGCUACAGUUCAAAAGUUUGAGGAUAUUAGAAUGAUUUCUGAAGGAUCAUGUGACACUGAAGACUGGAGUAACGCAGUCACAGGAAUAAAUUACAUUUUAAAAUAUAUUAGAAUAGUAAUUUUAAACAGUAAUAAUAUUUGACACUAUUGCUGUGUGCAGUCAAGCAUAAGAGAUUUCUUACAUAAAUAUAUAAAAAAAAUCUUAUCCCAAACUUUUCAACUGUAGUGUAACUAUUAAAAUGUAUAACAAUACUGUGAACUGUUGAGCCACUACUUUGAUAUUCUGUCAGUUAUUUUUGUAAAAAUAUAUCUCUAGUGCUGAAAAUAAAACCAGUCUUUUAAAUGUACAGAGUAAAA